AUCGCGACUACACCAUACGAGGCAACACCGAAUUUGGCAAUAAAACUGCAAUAAACCACCGACACUGAUAUUGCUAUCCCGACACCGAUACUAAGCACUGUGGUUCCCAGUUUCUCCGUUAUGGCACUUCAAAUAUUCGCUUGAGAAAAAACGGAGGAACGUCCGUCGUCUAACUGUUCGAGAAAGUCCGCAACGUUGAGCACCGGAAAUAAAAAUCACAAAAGUAGAAUUCCGACUACGCAGCUUGGCAGAGGUACCAUGCAAGGCGAUUCGUCAGGUCAUCAUUCACCGUACGAGGAUUGUUCCAACGGAAUUAGCUCCAACAAUAAUUCCGCUCGCCGGCCAACUGUUAAGACUUCGGCUGCAGCGACGUCUAAUAAAAAACCAUCAGUCGCUGCUGAUAAACGUCAAUUGGAGAUCCAGUUUAGCACCAAAAAAGCACGGUACGCGGUGCUGAAGAAGACACUGGCCGAUAAGGAAAAAUUGGCGCAGGAUCUGUUAGAGGAGAUGUCGAGUCUGCGGGAGAAGAUAAUCGCGGCCGGCGGCAAGGACCCCGGCAAGAUCGAGGACCCGAGAUCAUUUCUAGUGAACGGUCUCAAGCAAAGGUCGCCGACGCCGCCGAUUGAGAUGGGCUCGUCGCAAGAUUUGACUGAGAAGCGAUUACUAACGAUCAGCGUGAACGAGUCGGCAGUAAUCGGCGUGUCACUGCUGCAGAAUCAACUGCAGGACCUGUGCGAUCACUCUCGGGAGCUGUGUCAGCGCGCGCUAGACAGGAGCUCAUCGUUCGCGUCCCUCGUCAAGUCCUGGCUGACAGAAUCGAGCCGGCACGAGGCGGGCAACGCGUUGGCGCCGCUCGAUUCGGAGAUAGAGGCGCAACUGGCGAUCUUCGGACAGGACAACGAGGACAUGAGGACGCGAUUGAACGAGUUGGCGGCGAUCCAGAAGGACCUCGUCGCUGAACUCGCGAAGAGAUCCUCGAGCUUAAGCAGCGAAUACAAUUAUCACGGACGCGCGGAAGAGCCGCCGAGCGCCGAUCGUAAGAACCUGCUGCAGCAACUGAACACCGCUCUGGAAGAGCUCAAGGCGGAGCGUGACAAGGCGAAUCACGGGAAGAACAAGACGAAGAUGAUGGAGCUGCAAAUGCAGAAGGCGCGUGCGAAGAUUCGCGAACUGGAGGGCCACGUGGUGAACGAGGAGGAGAAGCUGCAGCAGUUGCAGAGCAGCGUCAAGUCGCUGGAGACACAACUGAAGCAGAAGGAUGUGGUGAUGGAGGAGAGGAUGAAGGACAUGCACAAGGCGUUGAAGAGCAGCGAGAACUUGGUGUCGAAGAUAGAGAAGCAGCGGGACACCCUCGAAACACGAAUAUUGGAGCUCAAAGAACAGAUGGCCUGUAAGGAAGCCGAGGCAAGUGCUACCAUUAAGGAAUUGUCGGAAAGAUUUGAGACGAUCGACGUGGAAAUCAACGAAGAGAGAAACAAGAGACAACAAGCCGAGAAUACUCUGGUCGAGAUGGAAGAACGCUGCAAAAACCUCGAAGAGAAAAGUCAGCUGCUCUGCGACCUCGCUAGCGAGAAAAGCAACAAUCUAGUUGUCGCAGAUAACUAUCACACGGAGAACGAGGUACAUCUGUACAACGAUCUAAAGGCGGCCAGGACCGAGCUGGAGAAGCAACAGCGGAGGAUCGAACAACUGGAAAUAGAGAAACAAGAGAUCGUCGCCGUGAUGCAUCAAGCGGCCAGUCGCGAUAGCGAAGACAAGACGAAUGAUAAGCUGGCUACCGAGCUCGUGGCUAAGACCGAGGAACUCCAGAAUCUGAUGCUGGAGAACGAUUUUCUUCGGAAGGAAGUCGAAUUUGCAGAAAGGAAGAAAGAUGAGUUGGAGAAGCAGUUGUCCGAGAUUCAGCAUCACCUCCACGCAAAAUCAAAGGAAGACGGCAAGACGGGACUCGACGCGAUCGACUUACAGCAGCAAGUCAGCGACUUACGAAACAGCCUGGUCCAAGUCAUACAGCAGAAUCAGGAGCUGGAGACCAGUUUGACCCAGAAGCAGCUGGAGCUGGAGCAACGUGAUCGUGUGAUGCGGGAACAAAGCAAGUUCCUCAAGGCUAGAAAUGAGUUGCUGACUAUCCUCAAGGGAAAGCAACAGACAAGCGUGGAUAAUCUUCCUAAUGAGAAUUACGAAGAUAUGGACGAAGUCAAUAAGCAGAUCGCGACGAAGACGGAAGCGAUCCAGGAGCUAUACGCCACGCUGGAGAGCAAGCAGAUGCAGGUGAUGCGACUGGAGAAGCUGGUGAAGCUGCUGGAGGACCAGCAGGACCGGGCGCAAGCGCAACGCACACGGCUCGAGCAUCGCAUCGCUCAGCUGGAAGUGAGUCUGCGGGACAAGACGAAGAACAGCAACCGGUAUGUCACCAGCGAGUGCAACUUGCGUAAAUCCGAUCGAUCGUACGUCAUCGACGAUCGAGUGUCGCGCGCUCUUCCUCGCGAGUCGAAGCGAGCGCUGUUAGAAGAACCUACACCGACGUUCCGUCUGAUUAAUCCGCGCCCGCGGAAAAGAUUAGGGUUUCCACGGUAUCUCUACCGUCGAGUUUUACCUUCAAAGAGCUUGAAUCCUCCGCCGAGCUCGAUCGCUGCCUCUUAUCGCAGUAAAUCCGCGAAAUUUCACGUUGAUGAUUGGUGUCGCGCUUGCUCAGACAACGAAGAAGCUUUUAUCUGCGAGCGGUGUCGUCGUGAAACUGGCGAGAAAUUCAAGGAUGACACGGUCCGCCAAGUCGAGCGAGACCGUCAUGAUCCCAUGCGAAAGUCUCUUUACGAGUGGCUCAUGAGGUCCUCGACUUUGGAAUCCGGCACGACCGACGACAACGCAGAUUGUUUCUUCAGGAUUGUUAAUCCUGAUGUGGUUCGCGGAAUAGAGCCUUCGGCAUCCUGUAAGAAAUCUCUGUACUCGUCGGCACACUCCACUUAA